AGGGGCGCCACUCUACUGCGAGCGAGCGAGCUUUUUUGCGGUGCGGGCACUCAUGAAGAUCAAACAUGAUAACCUGAUAAAAGGCUCUGCCAAAGUCCAGCGCUUUUCGGAGCCAUGCUGGACUACAUAUUACCGGACUUCUUUGGCGACGAAAAGGCUCGGAUGUCCAUAGAGCCCUUGGUCCAGGCAGGAGUUCAGCACGGGACUCGAUGUCAGAGCCGAUGCUGCAGCCCGGCAACGGGCUUCCAGAAUCCGGCGUUCAGGCACGAUGCCCUCCGAGGUCAGGAUCACUGCAACGAAGCGGUCGCCGGGAAAAACGCCAACGGCCAACGAAAUCAGCCUGGAAACAACGACUCUUCUACAGGUCGACGACGUGGGGACGAGCGGUGCCGCGUGACCCGCGGACAAGUCGAGGUGUCCGUCGACGUGGUCCCCGAGCCCGUCCGGGCGUCGGCCGUCCCCCGGGAGGCGGCGUCCGCCCAGGUGGCCGUCAAGGUGACGGCCAAGGCGGCCAGUCCCAGGCCCGAUGCCACGCGAGACGCCGGCUCUGCGUCGACCCGGUCGUCGUCGAUGGGCGAUCCUUCGUCGACGGCGCCUUCGUCGGCGUCCCGGAGGUCGGCCACCCAGCGCGACGCCUGGGGCGUCACGCGCGUCGGUGCUGCAGAAUGGACCCCCUUCCACUCGGCGGUCAUUUCCGAUUCUGAGAACACAACGGCUUCAGAGUUUGUCUCGGAACGAAUCCAGACCCUGGUGCGAGCCUUCUCACACCGGUCACAAAAGGUCAAAGAGCGCAUUGUAGAGCCGCCCACUCCAAGCCCCUCCCCACCGCUGGAGAGGAGGCAGAACUACGAGAGUCGACUGCGUCUGGAUUCCUUUGCCCUUGCGGAAGACAGGCCGUCUGGAGACCAAGCCGAGUCUGAGUCGCUGCUCAAGCUCGGCUGCUGCACCAUCAAGAAGAGGAGGCUCUUUCCCAAGACCAUCGACCCACAAAGCAAGCUGUACAUCUCGUGGCUCUUUGUGGUGAGCCUGUGCUUCCUGUACAACUGCUGGGCCAUCUUCCUAAGGGCUGUCUUCUGGGAGGGCUCCUACGCUAGGGAGCUGGGAUACCUGAUAUGUGACUACCUCUCUGACCUUGUCUAUUUCCUCGACAUCCUGCUUUUCAAGUCCAGGAUCAAGUUCCACUCAAAGGGCAUGUGGGUGGAGGAUCCCAAGCUGACACGAAGAAACUACAUCGGCAAGCUAAUUUUCAAAAUGGAUGUUGCCUCCUUGCUGCCACUGGACUUCCUCUACUUUGUUUAUGGCAUCAAUCCUCUGCUCAGAGUGCCACGAAUGCUCAAGAUACAAACAUUCUGGGAGUUCUUCAACCGCAUCGAUGCUCUUGCUAAAUCGCCCUACAUUAUCAGGGUGCUUCGAACACUGCUUUACAUGAUGUACCUGAUCCACCUCAAUGCAUGCGCCUAUUAUGCCAUCUCCAAGUAUGAAGGGAUUGGCUCAAAUCCUUUCGUCUUCCAAGGAGGCAACAAGACCGCAUACGUGCGCUGCUUCUACUUUGCCUUCAAGACGGCCACUUCCAUUGGCAAAAAUGCCAAACCGAGCAACGAGCUGGAGUAUGUGUACAUGACUCUCUCCUGGCUGCUCGGCGUCUUCCUCUUUGCUUUCCUCAUCGGUCAGGUACGAGACAUUGUGGCAACAGCAACCCAGGGCAGGACCCAGUGCCGCCAGGCAGUCGACGCCUGCGUGCGCCACCUUCGGCGGCUGGGCCUUCCAGACGACCUUCAGCGUAGGGUCAGGCUGUGGUUGAACCACACCUGGGACCAGAAGAAGACCCUCGACGAAAACUCCAUCCUGGCCACUCUCCCUAGGAAAAUGAAGACCGACAUCGCCAUUAGCGUGCACUACAACACACUGGCCAAGGUUCAAUUUUUCCAGGACUGCGAGCGGUCAAUGUUGAGGGAUCUGGUGCUCAAACUUCAGUCUGUGCUGUUUCUGCCCGGGGAUUAUAUCUGCCACAAGGGGGAAAUAGGAGUGGAGAUGUACAUUGUCAACAAGGGAGUCAUCAAUGUCAUGGGUGGCGAGAACAACAAUGUUGUGCUUGCCACACUCACCGAAGGCAGCGUGUUUGGAGAAGUCAGCCUCCUGGGCCUCCCGGGGUUCAAUCGGCGUACGGCAGAUGUCCUCUCUGUGGGCUUCUCCAACCUCUUUGUCCUAAGCAAGGACGACCUCAACGACGUGCUUCACUACUACCCCGACGUGGAAGCCAUGCUCCGGCGCAAGGCCAAGAGCCAGAUGCGCAAGAACCAAGCCUCCAACGAGAAGACACUCGAGCGCAAGGGGAGACGGCUCAGGGUCGAGCCAAUCAUCAAGACACCCCAGAAAAGGCCCAAAACUCCCAAGCUCGUGCAGACCGUCAUGCAGGUCCUCCGACCAGAAUCCAAGACUUCGGUUUUCUCGAGACAUGUGACCGAGGUGCAGCGUGCAGCAGAACGGCCGGCCAGCAGCACGUCGAACUCGACCAGUUCCUCCACGGAGAACCUCGGAAAGCCAACGGCAUUCACGUACCAUGACGACGACGGGGUGGAGCAACAGGUGCAGACGUACCACGACAUCACCCAGAACAUACUCACCCUGAGGGCCACCUCGGCCACUAUUCAAAGAUCCCGGGGCGACAAGACCCCCACAGUGGCCAGGUGCAAGAGUUCGCCGGCCAUGGUGUCAGCACUCAGGGGCACAGUAAUCUGCAACCUGGAUGACCUGAAGGCCAUGUCAGUCUCCCACAAGCGAAGCCACACUCCCUUCGCAUCCCUGACACGCUGCUUCGGCAGCGAUGACAACGCAAGCCCCGAGUCGCCACGCCGUCAACGGUGGCGCAAAUUUUCGGCCCGCAACCGCAUUACACCUGUAGAAGUCCCCAUCCCCAGGCCGGACGAGGCUGUUGCCCCUUCUCAGAACCCGACCAACAUCAAGGAGACCGAAGGCGCUUCCAAAGAAUCUGCAGAAAACACCAGGGAGCCUGCUCCCAGUGCUGAAGACGGCUGCAUCUCGGAGCCAACCGAGAACCCGACUACGGCACAAAGUAACGAAAACCCAGAGCAGAGCAAUCAACCGCAAGUCAUGGCGAUACCGGAAGUGGAAGACAGCGAUUCUCUCAAGUCUACGUGGCUUCCCUGCAUCGAAGAUGACGACGAUUCAGAAAGGGACAACCUUGAGUUUGUGUCGCCCCACUUUCUGUCCAGCUCUUCGCCGAGCUGGAACUUUGAUGAACCACCAUGCUGAUUUUUUUUUUUUUUUUUGCGGCGAACAUAUGGGAUACUUUCUGCAUUCAAAGGCAAGGGCAAUGUAUAAACGUCGCUAAUAUGUGCCAAAGUAUAAGGAACCCCUGAGCCAUUGCCUAGAUGAGCAGCAUUUACUGUGCUCAUUUUCUAAAACGAUUACUUGUUGCCAGGAAUCUCCAUAAGAUACACCACGAGGUUCCCGUGGCAAGUAUAAAAAGGUUUUCAGAAAGCAGUAAACACUCAUUUCUGUCACCCUUUUCUCAUUGCACAAGCACUAAGCAUCUGACCCUAAAAACUGUAAUACCACUUUUAAUACCUCUUAGCUGAUUCAAUGCACAUUUUUUCACAAUAUAUUGCAAGUAAAUGAUUGCCAACUAUAGAAAUAAUGAAAGCUGCAAAUGCUAUUGAACACAUGGAGUAACAAAAGCUUUAGUGGCUGGUAAAAUUUCCCCCAUUUGCUUUUGCCUAGAGGAAGGCUUCUUUUAGCUUUGGACCAAGUCAAACAAGUCAUCUUUGCUAAUAAUGAGGGCUGGCAUUCAGCUAGCUGGUGUACAUGGCACACACUAGUGAGUAGUGUAAGUAAUAAUAACAGAACAAUAGCAGACCCCAGAAUGCACUAGCAACUUUCUGCAAACGCUUCUCCUGUCAAUACACAGCCAAACGUUUGCAAUACUUCUAGUCUGCAACAUGCCUACACCGGAAAAACUUGUCAAAUAAAUUUUGUACUAUUUGUAUACCA